AUGUCUCACGACUUGAAUGACAUCCUGCAACGCCUGCGCCUGACCGAGUACCUCCCGACCCUCCUUGACAACGGCUUCGACAGUUGGGAUGUCGUUUGUGACAUCACUGAAGAUGACCUGGCCCAGCUGGGCUUCAAGCUCGGCCAUCGACGCACAUUGCAGCGCGAGAUAGCUAAUUGGCGUGGUCUCACACUAGGCCAACCUCUCGAUACAAUUGACGGCAUGAGCCAAAGCUCGCGCUCCUUCAACCCGCCAGAUCUCCCCGCCAAUUCCACCACACCCCCGAAUGGAUGCGAAAGAAAAAAGAGAAAAUAUCGCCGGAAGCCCCGCCCGGACAUCAACGCCCCCAAGAAACCCAACACCGCCUAUGUCAACUUCGCCGCCGAGCUCCGCGCCGACCCUUCCGUCAACUCGCUUUCUUUUGUCGCCAUUGCCCGAGAGGUUGGUCGCCAAUGGCAAGCUCUUCCCAUGGAAAGCAGGCAUGCCUGGGAGUCCCAGGCUGCCAAAGCCAUGCAAGAAUACGAGGCCCAGAUGGACGAGUACCGGACGACGGAGAACUACCGCAGAUACCAAAACUAUCUCAAAGGGUUCCGUAAGCAGCACGAGGAAAAGGAAAGAAAAGGGUCGAACACAAACAUCGUGCCAUCCAUCGAGAAUGGCUACGACGCUUCGAGGGGUUCUACCGACACGGGCUCCGUACGCUCCCCAGACCGGAAAUCCGCAUCGAACCUGGGGCCCCAAGAACUAGAGGACUGCCACGCGGCCCUAUCAAUAGCCUUGCAAGAGCUCUCCGUCCGCCGAAGUCUGACCAUGACUGAAGAAAUUCCUAUAUUCGAUGCUCAACACCUACCUCCCGAAAUGGUUGUACGACAAGCGGCGCAUUCUGCUGUCCUCGGCACUGGUACCAUGUUGCAUCUCACCACCGAGGACCAGCUUGAAGAUGCACUAAACCAUGUUUACGGGCCGGGUCCCAUCAACCCCGUAGUUUUGGUUUUUGUGCUGGCUUGUGCAGCUGUCGGCGCCCAUUACGACGUUCAGUGCAUGUCUGACGAGAUGCGCUACGGCAUCUACGUGUCAGCCACUCUCUUGUUCAACUCGGAUGUGGCCCACUCAAAUUACCCCGAAACAAUGCGGAUCCUCUUGUUACUGGCAGUCUAUUCCCUUCUCGAGAAACAUAUGACCAUUUGUCACGUACUAGCCGCCGGUCUAUCUGUUUCUCGCUGGGUAUUUUGCCCCUCGAAUGAUGAACAAAUAAGUGCGGAUGGCCUUGAAGAAGCGAGACGAAUCUUGUGCACCUUGAUUUUCAUGGAUUGUUGGCUGUCUACCACGUUGGGUUAUCGCUCUGACACGAGGCCAAUCGAUAUCAAGAACACCUGGUCUCCUUUGCCCGAUUGCCCCAUCACCGACUCUAUUCGAUUCCAAGCGAGCAGAAUCGGUCUUGUUAUGCGCGAGAUUGCCGAACAGACGAUGCACAGCGGCGUAUCUUCCGUCAAGGUUGAACGAAUCGAGGCACUCACCGAAAUGCUUGACGUAUGGUACCGAGAGUUGCCGCCGAUAAUGCAUCUUGCAGCUCUCACCAGCGAAGAGCAGUCGUCCAUCCUCACGUUCUAUCAGCGAAGAGCGAUUAUGAUGGUCCAUAUGUUCUACCUCGGCGCCGUCAUCACGCUUUAUCGGCAGUUGAUGCUCACUUCUUCGCAGAACCGCAUACAAAGCACCUGGCACCUUGAAAUGUCGUAUUCGCAAACUCAGCACUACCGCCAGAAAUGCUCUGUAGCGGCGCAGCAAAUGGUACGCAUGAUGGCGCUAAUUAGCUUUAACAACAACGGUAAUAUGACGAAGCGGUGCUGGUUGAUGAUAUAUUGGGCCUUUCACACCUGCGUUGUCGUCCUCCUCAGCAUCUCUCAGCAGCUGCUUGACCAGGAUCUCAGCACCGUCAUCGAGGACCUGUCGCAUGCGAAGACGUGCAUGGACAUACUGUCGAUAUGCGCGGACGCCGAACCUGUCUCCGCGAACCACCUCGAGCUCAUCAAGCCCUUCUACGACUCCCUUUGCCAGCACCAACAAGCAAUCGCCGCCAAAAUCCACUCCAGCAACAACGACAGCAACAACGACAACAACACCACCACCACCACCACCACCACCACAAACAACUCCGCCAACACCGACAAUGCGCCCCACGACUCCUCUCAAUCCCCCGUAGAUGGCCGCCUCCCGAACCUCUCCUUCCCCGCCGCCGCAGACGGCAAACCAAGCGACGGCUACCACCAUGCCGACCACAUGACCGGCCUUUUCCCACCCCUGCCCCAGCUCGCUGGCUACCAAAAUCCCAACUCCGACGGUGUACAGAACCAGCAACAACAGCAGCAGCCGCUGGGCUGGGACACGGAGCUGGUGACGACGGUGCGCAAGCUGUCAGACUUGCUGAACGAGCCAUACGGGUGGGGACGGCAGGCCAAGCUGGACGGGGCGCGGCGGUCGGGAGACGCAGCGGGUACAUUUUCGGUGCUGUGGUGGGACUGA